GCACUCACUUUUUUGGAUGCAUCCAAUGCACCCAACUCUAAAAGUGGUCAUAAUACAUCAAAUUUUGAACUUUAAUGUGUAACAUUAGUCUAUUAUGAUGAUAUAACACAUAAUCACAACUAAUCAAUCCAUUAGCCCUCCUAUUAAUCUUCAAUUUUGAGUCUCAACCCAAAAUCUCAAAUUGUAAACCCUAACCCUGAAUUCCUAAACACUAAAUCAUUCAAAUUAAAGUGAAUCUUGAUUGAUUUUUGUACAAAUUCAUGUGAUUCUUGUUCAUCAUACCACCACAAGUGAUAAUUGACAUCGUUUUCACAUGAAUCGCUUGCUCAUAAUGACAAUUAUGAGGCGCGUGCAUUGAAUGCACCAAACAAAGUGUACUAUGCACCCAAAAAAGUGACUGCAGAGAAGCCAUAACCUAUUAAUAUUAUGCAGGUAUUGAUGACAAUAUAUUUAUUUAAUUAUCAUCAACAUCAAACAACCAUUUAAUACAUAUAUUCUAGUUCAAUAUAAACUAAAAAAAUGAAUGAAUCUCUCAAAUACAUGAAUCAAUACACCAUUUGAAAUCACAACUUCCAAAUUAUUCCAAAUUAUCCUAAUCUCGCCAAAUAAGCGGUGGUUUUCUCUAAAAACACGUUAACGGAUGAAGCCUCCUCUUUUGGAGCCUUACUCCAGGUGGGAGCCAUUGGUGUUCGUGAUUGUUAUUUGGGGAUCCCUUCUCUCAUUCGUCGCUCUAAGCGUGACACUUUCCGUUAUAUUGAGGAGGCGGUGGCCAAACGUCUUCAAGGGUGGAAGCGUCGUUGUCUCUCUUUGGCUGGAUUGGAAACGUUGAUUAAGUCUGUUGUUUCAGCUCUACCUGUUUAUGCCAUGUCUUACUUUCGCCUCCCAAAGGAGUUAUGUCGUAAUCUUAAUCGUAUGAUUGCUCGGUUUUGGUGGGGACAGCAAGGCACUGAACGCAGUCUACCUUGGAUUUCGUGGAAAAAGUUAUGCUUAUCAAAGGCUGCUGGGGGGCUAGGUUUUCGGGAUUUCUCUACAUUCAAUCAAGCUUUAUUGGCAAAACAGUGUUGGCGUAUUCUUCAUUCUCCUGAUUCGCUUGUUGCUCGUGUGUUGAAGGGUCGGUAUUUUGCUCAUGAAUCUUUUCUUUCAGCCACUACUGGCUCCACUCCGUCUUGGGCUUGGCAGUCUCUUCUGCAUGGUCGUGAUUUACUUGUUCAUGGGUUACGUUGGGAGGUUCACUCUGGUGCUUCCAUUGAUGCUUUCACAGAUCCUUGGGUACCUACUUUACCCGAUUUCCGUCCUACUUGUCUUCCUUCUGUACAGGUUUCUCCUUUGUUUGUUUCUCACUUUAUUUCUCCUACUACCUCCACUUGGCGUGAGACUCGUUUACGUGAUCUUUUUGAUUCAUCUUCUGUUCAGAGGAUCCUUGCCAUUCCCCUUCCUCGCACUUUGUCUCCAGAUAAGUUUGUUUGGCAUUACACCACCAAUGGUGUUUUUUCCGUUAAGUCGGCGUAUCAUCUUGGGCUCCAAAUUAAUGCUCUUUCUGCUCCUCAGUCAUCUCGGUCGGUUGACUCGGCCUCCCCUCUUGACCCUUCUUUGUGGCCAAAAGUUUGGUCCUUACCGGUGAUGCCAAAGCUCAAGUUUUUUCUUUGGAGAAUGGUACUUCGGAUUCUACCGGUUCGAGAGGAUUUACAGCGACAUGGUCUUAAUGUUCCAUCUUUUUGUCCAAUUUGUGAAUCUGAUGAAGGAGAGUCUCUUGAACAUCUGUUUAUUCGUUGUCCUGUGGCUAUUCGUCUUCGUGAUGCAAUUGGCAUUUCACUACCGCUGGGUUUUGAUCCUUCUUACCAUUUCGCUCUGUUGUGGCGAAGUUUAUUAUGCCAUGCUGCCCCGUAUAUCAUCUCUGAUUGGCUUCUUCUCUGUUGGCGUUUUUGGAAAGGGCGUAAUAAUGUUGUGUUCUCUCCUUAUGCUCAAUUCACCGUCCCUGUUCUCCGUCGUCAAUUCCUUUCCCAUCGCGACUCCAACCGUCUUGCCAUUGUCUCUCCGGCUCCUCAGCCUCCUUCGUCGUCACGCAAUAAGGCUUCUUCAGCAGUUAUUACUGGUGGUUUUCAAGGCCUUCGUUUGGCGGUUGAUGGAGCAACUUCUCCCCAUCACUCUGGAGCCAUUGGUAUUGUUGGUCUUACAGGCGUUGUUCCGACUUUUGCUUUUGGGUCUUUUAUUCAAGGAGUGUUGGAUCCUGGCUUGGUUGAGUUGCUCGCUAUACGGGAGGCACUAUAUUUGCUGCAACGGUGGCAUUGGCAUGAUCGGAAUGUUUUACUUACGGGAGAUGCCCAAGUGGUCAUUGACAAGCUGGUUUCGGGUAAUUUAUCAGAUGCACGUGCUGGCGCAAUUUUUUCGGAGGUUCAUGCGUUACUAGUCCAAUUGCCAAAUGUUGUUUUACAAUUUACUCCUCGGGAUGCGAAUCGGGCUGCCCAUUUAGUGGCGCAACAUGCCCUACGCUUUCCUGGAUUACCUUCAUUGUUAUUCGACUUCUCUUAUUUGUUUUAUAUGUCUUUUGAUAAGUGAGUGUGCCGGUUAUUGUGGCUACCCUUAUCCUUGCCUUGUAAGUUGUAAAUCUACCAAGAUUUCUAUGAAAAAAAAAAAAAAAAAACUCGGCUGUUAGAGCAUUUUUAACUUUGACCGGCGCCGCGGCGGACGUAACUAGAGAGGCGGGAAGUUGCCAAUGUGAGUGGUGGCAAGUGACAACACCACACACCGUUCUGAAGCCGCCCGGCCAUCUCCGUCGUCGAGCCAAAUCUUCCACAAUUUUGCCGCCUCCGGCAGAGUUUGAAGAAAGUAUGAACGAAAUGUUGAGCGCAACCAGCUUACAGGUCUCCAAUAGUCCGUUGCCGAUUCGCAAUUCGAGCCACAGUUUCAGCGCGACUCCCCUGCUUCGCCGCCGGCCGAUUCGCCUGCUCUCCGUGCGGUCCCACUUUGGCGUCUCCGCGGCGAAGCAGCCGUCGAUCUCAUCGCGGUACACCGAGUCCGUCGGAUCACCAGCGAUGGCUCCUCCUACUCCCGUUAUUCAGUUCAACUUCAGCCAGCGCCAUGCCCUCCUUCUUAAUGUCUUCGCUUGCUCGGCGGCAGUUUCAGCAACCUGGUUGUUCCUCUCUGCGAUCCCAACCCUUUUGGCUUUCAAGAGAGCAGCAGAGUCCCUGGAGAAACUGAUGGAUGUAACAAGGGAAGAGCUUCCCAAUACAAUGGCUGCCAUUCGCUUAUCCGGCAUGGAGAUUAGUGACUUAACGAUGGAGCUUAGCGAUCUAGGUCAGGAGAUAACCCAUGGAGUUAAGAACUCCACCAAGGCAGUGCGUGUUGCUGAGGAGAAGCUUCGCGGAUUAACCAAUGUGGCUGCUGCUCCACCAGUGCAGAGGGUAGCAAGUUUAGCAACUAGGAACGAAGCACCUGCGGUGGCUAGGACAGCGAGGGGAUUGAAGGAGGGGAUCGUGAAAGGCCGGUCGCUCUUCCAACUUUUUCUCACCCUCACCAGCUUCACCAGGUUGGCACUCAGUUACUUUGCAAAGAGAGCUAAGAAGAGAACCUUGAGCAGUAAUUAGUUAUAUGAGCGACAUGGGAGGACGUAGAUUUGCAUCAUGCACACGCCAGUCUCGAAUUUUCUUGACGUGGCAGACAAAAGCUCAGGUCGAGUUCUUUGCACAGCACAAGCCUUUGGGCCAUAAUGUGCCGUGAAGGCAUCUCUAGGUAAUGAACGAGACGCCUUUUUAAGCUUGGUAGAUUUGAGCUGGAGAACUUUCCUCUUUAUUGGCUUGAUAGAUUUGAGUUAAGAGUACUUCUUACCAUUGGGACUAUUGAAUGAGUAAUAACUGUGGACAGAUUUUCAUUAUAUAAUAACUGUGGACAAGAUGAACGAACACCACUCUUAGGAAUGAAAAUAUUAUAAUUGAACGAGUAAUUGAGUCUAAUUAGUUAAAAGAUCAAAUCUUGCACUUAUUUAAAGUUUCAUAAGGUAAAAAUAAUGACUGCAAUUACUCUAACUAGUUAAAAGAUCAAAUCUUGCACUUAUUUAAAGUUUCAUAAGGUAAAAAUAAUGACUGCAGAAAAGCUAACAUUGAAGAAUACGAAUAGAUAUCGAAAGAAAUUUUGAUAUAUGAUGAUCAAGAACGAGGCAUGGUGGGAUGAGUCCCCAUGUCCCGCCCCACACUAUUACAGGUUGGGUAACACGUCACAAUGCGAGUCAGGUCGGGUAUAAUCUGAUGAGGCGGGUUCAAAUUGCUAUAGGUGGUCAUUGUGUAGAUUAUGAUAAAUGCAACUCUUUUUUAUAGAAAAAUCAAGAAUCCUAAUUCAACUAGUUUAUGACUAAUUUAUGCCACUGAAACACGCCACUGAAAGACUCUUGUACUUGAACUGAUGGCUCUUUUUUUUUUUAAUAAUGGGGAAGAAGACUAAAACAUGCCACUGAAAGACUCUACUGAAACAAAGAUGGGUUGUCACUUGCCAAGAACGUAAAGGAGGUAGGAUAGUCAGAUAUAGUAGGAUACUGGGAUGGUUAGAUAUAGUAUGGAUCUUAUAUGGUUGAUAGUUGGAAUCAUCGGCUCUCUUUGGGUUACCUCAUUCUUAAGAAAUGGUUAGGUCUGAUCCAUUUCUCAAAAGAAAGUUUUGACGGGAUUCCGAUUUGUCAAAACUUUAAUUUCUAAUUUCGAUGAAUGAAUAAUUAUGGAGUCCUCCUCUUUCCGCACAGCACAUACAAAAAGACCUGCUAUGUGAGAGUGAAUAAGCAUUAAAUUGUAGA